AUGAUCGCUUUCACCACAGAAAAUAUACAUAGUUCAAUAAGUGAACUAUGUGGCACUACCGUCCAGCCCGAAAAUCCUACCGAACUAUAUGAAAUGCAAGAAUGCGUCGGAAAGGGUAGCUUUGGUGACGUGUAUCGAGCCCUGGAUAAACGAAGUGGUAAAAUUGUCGCUAUCAAGGUUAUUAAUCUUGAAGAAACUCAGGAUGACAUUGACAUUAUGGCACAAGAGAUAUUUUUCUUGUCGGAGUUAAAGUCACCUUAUAUUACGAGUUAUUAUAAAACAUACAUUGAAGACGUGUCCAUGUGGAUAGUCAUGGAGUACUGUGGAGGAGGGUCCUGCGCAGAUUUGUUGAGGCACCUCCCGGAACAUAGUAUAUCCGAGUAUAAGGUUGCAUAUAUUAUAAGGGAAGUGCUAUGUGGACUAGAAUAUCUACAUAGUCAGAAGAAAAUCCAUCGAGACAUUAAGGCUGCAAACAUACUUCUCACAGACGAAGGUGAGGUUAAAUUGGGCGAUUUUGGUGUUAGUGGUCAAAUAAUGGCAACUUUAAAGCGCACUACAUUUGUUGGUACACCUUACUGGAUGGCACCAGAAAUUAUCUCCAGAAAGAAUGGCGGCUACGACGAAAAGGCAGAUAUUUGGUCCUUAGGGAUUACAGCUAUAGAAUUGAUGACAGGACAGCCACCCUAUGCAAAACAUGAUCCGAUGAAGGUACUUAUGAAUAUUCCACUAAAGAAACCUCCUAAAUUGCAUGGAAGGUUUUCACAUGCAGCGCAUGAUUUCAUUUCUCAGUGUCUGAACAAAGAUCCAACUCAACGGCCAACAGCUGCAGCCUUACUGCAUCACAAAUUUCUUAGUCGAGCUUCAUGGAAAGUGGUGAACAAUUUGAAAAGGGAGGUAGAUUUGGUGUCCAUUUUGAAAAGUCGAAUCAACUACUUCAAACAGCCAAGAUUUUCCCUAUCGGAUAAAAUAUAUCAAAGCGGAACUAGUCGUUAUCUAGCGACAUGGAACUUCGAAACAUCUAGGAAAUUGGCAAAGCAAAAUAAAGCUAUAUUCGAUGAAGGUGUGAAGGAGAACAAAUCUCGACACCUCAUUGAAUUAAAUGUGCAGAAUGCGACGUCCUCGCCUAAUAGUGAAAAUAGUCCUGUUUCUGGGCUGAUAAGUCCCAAUAUCAAGACGCCCGCUACUAAUGCUACCACACCUACCAUGAGACAUUAUAUGGGAGAAAAAGAUUACGACGUGUCUAUGGGUGUGCGCGAGGCCGAAGGUGUAAAGGAAAAUUUCCAACAUAUGACUGGUAAGGAGCUUAACUAUUUCAGGCAUAUUAUACUGUUCAGCUUUCAAAGAAUACACGAAAGAGCCCGUUCGCAAGAAACAAAGGUAGUUGUUGAUCGCCUGAAAUGUCUCUUUGAGGAAGCAGAGAAAUCACAGCCUGGUCUUAGUGAAGCCUUGGUUGAGGAAGUAUAUAUACGAAUGGAGGAAAUUAAGGGUUUUAUAGUGGAACGUUCGUUCUAG